AUGGCGUUUACGCUUAACCAUACCCGAUUGGGUGAUAUCCAAGGCCUCAAGUUGGACGAUCAAGGAGUAGUGCAAUUUCUGGGUGUCCAGUAUGCCACAAUAGCUCAUCGUCUUGCCGCUCCAGUGCUGAAAAGUGACUAUGGAGGAAAGAUUCAUGCGACAAGGAGAGGCCCGACUGUCGUCAGACCACCUCUAGCAUGCGACAUUGAGUUUGGCCUCAUUCAAAAGGCUCUCAACAAACCCGAUGACCGUCCCAUGUCGGACCUGGACGGCCUGACUCUCGAUAUCACCGUUCCAGAAGCGACCCUCAACGAGAAUGAUGCAAAACUACCCGUGCUUGUCUUUAUUCAUGGAGGCGCAUAUAUCAUAGGUGACAGCGGGGCUCCACAUUAUGAUAUGGCUGCCAUCGUAGCAUAUUCCAAGUCUAUCGGAAAGCCUAUCAUUGGUGUAUCUAUCAACUACCGACUCGGAGUUGCAGGGUUUCUGGACAGCAAUGAGAUGAAGGCCGCAGGUAUCCUUACAAACAGAGGCAUCCUUGAUCAAAAGACGGCAUUUCAGUGGGUUCAUCAGAACAUCGGCGGGUUUUCGGGCGACCCAACUCGCAUCACAGCCAUUGGUCAGAGCGCAGGCGGUAGCUCCAUCAUGCAUCUCCUUGACCUGGACUUACAAGCCGAAUCUCUUUUCGACCGCGCCAUUUGCUUGAGUGGAAACAACUUGGCCGUUCCGUCAUCUACUAAGGAAGUCGCCCAAAAUGCAUAUAAAGCUGUGCUACAGUUUCUAGGAAUAGAUCCUGCGUUAUCGAGCGAGGAUCAAGUGGAUGCAUUGAUAGCAAUCUCUCCGGAAGACAUUCUAUCCAAGAUCCCAAUGUCAGUCCCGCUAAUGCCCGUCGUGGAGACAGACCAACUGCCCUCGUUCAAUUCAGUCGAGACUCACUUGUCUUCAUCGAAAGACAAGCCACCUCUAAUGAUUGGCUCGACCGACUUUGAUGCAGUCAUCUUCGAAGUUCUCGGUCUUUUCGCAGGCCGUGAUCAAGGGUCUCUGGCCCAAGGCUUCGUCAGGUCUUUGACGAAGUCCAUCCCCGAAGAGCACCAUGACAGACUCGAGAAACUUUUCAGCCUGUAUGGGAUCUCAGAAGCAGAUGAGGACGCCAAAACCCGCAUCAAGAUUCUCCAGUUCGGGACAGAUCUAAAGUACUUUGCGACAUCUAAACACUACGCCAACUGUUGGCCUACCAAUUCAUGGCUUUAUUACUUUAAUGAAUCUAAUCCAUGGGAUGGGCCACAUAAGGGUCGGUCUGCUCACUGUCUUGACAUAGCAUAUCUCUUCCUGAACUUCAAUCACGUCAUGGAUGACUCCCAGAAGAAGACAGCAACGGGCUUUGCUCGAGAUGUGAUUAGUUUCGCAAACACGGAGGAGCCCUGGGGCGAGUUCCAUGCUUCUGAGGAUCUGAGAGUGUAUGGAGCACCGGAAGAGAGUCAGGGAUCGGGAGGUGAUCUCAAAACUUCGCCCAGGCCAUCUGAGGAGAUUCAACGUCUUUGGUCAGACAUAGGUCUUGAUAACCUUGCUCCGGCUUGGAGUGGCUACUCCGCAAGGUCGUAG